AUGACAACUCAGAGCAAUGUCAUUCAAAUUGAUUCUGAGAGCGAACAGGAUACGGACGAAGGAGAACACCUCCGCCCAAAGAACGUAGGCCAUUCCAGUUUGAAUCGUUACGCUCCAACUAACACCACCCGAGAACUCCGAAAUGCCUCUCCAGCCACCCCUGUACACCUCUCUCCUCUACCGACAUUCCAGCACAGUCCUCAAGGACCCUCAACACUAUCAGACGAAGAUUUGCCCACAAUUCGAUUGCCUGAAUCCGCCCCACAGCGUUCAGAAGCUUUGAAAAUUUCAAAAAAAGAGCAAAGAAAAGCUGCAGCAGAGGCAAAACGACUUCAGCAAGAUCGUCAACGCGAGGAACGGGCGGCUGCCAAACAAACGAAAGAUAUUGCAAGGGUUCGUCAAGCUUUUUCAAACGCCGAAGAAAGCGGGACAUUCCGACUCCAUCAAGUUGAAUUAGUCGUGUCUCCUCAACUCUUCAACACAACCACCCGAAAAGACGUCUUAAGUCACGUUCGCACGCUCUUCCCUCAUCAGAUUUGCUGUAGCGAUUUUGAUCUGCACAAUCUCGUCACAUGGCGGACGAAAACUAACAGCCCUUCGCUUUCAUCAGGUCCAUCAAACCAACAAUCCAAAAACGCAAGUAUGUGUCUUGCUGUUUUCUCGGGCAUCGAAUAUUGGAACAUGAUGAUGAAUCGUAGUCCCGGUGGAAGUCUUUUUUCUGUCGCGCAGGAGUUGUUGACUAGGAGGCAAGGAGAUCGAAUUUUCUAUGCUAUAUACGGGAUUGAAGCUGAAUGCAAGCGGAGAAGGAAUCUCGCCGCUCGCCAGGGCUCGAAGGCUCCUGUCGUCACCCUACAGGCAGUGCAGGAUAGUUAUACCGCUCUGUACAUGGACUACGGGAUUCGGACUCAAGCCUUUGUCAAUGCAUCUGAUGCUGGCAAGUACAUCCUGGAGCUGACAAACGCCAUCGUAGACAAGCCAUAUUACCAUCAAGAUGAUUUCCUUGAUGCCAGCCUUGCCUAUCGCGAUGCCAGGAAAAAGUUGUCCAAUCGCUCCACGGUCAUUUCAUUGCAAGAAGUCACUGCUUUACAAGGCACUAACCUCGCUCGUCAGACUGGGAGUGGUGAUGAAGAAUACGGCCAAAACCCAGAUGUAGCGCAUGGCCAGGAAGACACCACCUUUCUUGUCCCUAUAAUGAGGUCAGAAGGGUCUCUCGACCUUGGGUAUAUGUAUCUCGCGUUCCUUGCCUUAGUCCCACGGAUGAGUUUCGAGAAGGCAAUAUCAAUACGAAGGGCGUAUCCAACCUUUUCUCACCUGCAAGAAGCAUUCAGUCGGUGCUCCACUCUAGAAGAGCGGCAUUCCCUUCUCGCCAACUUGAGGUAUGAGCCAAAUAACCGGCGCUUUGGACCAGCACUCUCAAAAGCUCUUGCUAUCGUAUUUACAAGUAGUGACUGGCACGCCCCUUUCCGCCUAUAA